ACCUUUCCUCCGACUCCUAGCAGAUGACGUCCGAGAGCUGCGCAUCCCAGCGCGAGCCGGUGUGUAAGCGCGGUUAUCUUCCUCUAGUUUUAGCAGACGAAUGAAGAAGCUAGGAGCAUGUCUGAAGAUGAAAACUGUGAGGGAAGUGAGCCGACGUAUGAUACAAAUGACUUUGACGUAUCUCACUCACUGUCCAUAAAAGUCGAAUAUUACAGAUCAUUUGAGUACACCCUGAAUUGGACGACGCCCAUGUCUCUCCGACGAUCCUCCAGACUGAAGUUCCCCCAGAAAAGUCCUGCAUCAAACGAAGACGUCACUCGGUCUCGCCGYAGGAGCCAGAGAGGAAGGCCGCGGCUGGAGGAGACCCACGCGGAUGAGAGCGAGGGAAGUGACAUCAUCGACCUCAUCACCAGCAAUCCUUUUUCCRAGGAAGGGGCCGCGAGGGAGGCUGUUGGCUUACUCAGUUAUGGACUGGAUAAGUCAAAUGAUGAAAGUGGCUCUGAAAGCAGCAACAGCAGCAUAGUUUCCGGUCCGUCCGCUCUGUGCUGUGAUUACAGAGACCAGCUUUACCGCGACCUUUGCUCAGCUUGCCACAAGCUGUACGAGAAGACUAAAAGGUUGAAGACGCCGAUCAGAAGCAAACUUCUAGAUAAUGAUCCCAAAUCUCUGACCUGUGACCAAUGGGUCCUGAUGAAAAGAUGGAAGCCUAAAGGACAACCUGAUGCCAGACGGAGGUUGUUAAGUCACAUUCAGCUGGAUGAUGGAGUCGUUGUGAGACGAGGAGAGCAAUCCUCACCCUGUUCGAGGCCGCACAUUUUCCUCAAGAGGAACUUGAGAAGGGCCAAUUCCAAGGCAGAAAAUCAGAAGAAGAAGAGGAGGAGGAAGAGGACGAGCAGUUCUCAAGGCUCCCGCGUUGCUAAGCAGCAGCGUCUCCAAAACAACAGUCUGCACCAGCACACAAAAACAAAAGCCAUGGUCGACAACUCAAACAGGAGUUUUAGCAGCGUCAGCGACCCCAGAGAUCAAGUAAAUCCAGAAACGGAGGGUUGUGCUAAGGACGGUGUGACUGAAGUUGUUCCGGCAUCAGCGGACGUCCGCGCCCCGAGGAGAGCACCGAAGAAGAUGGGCGAGUUCAGAGAUCUUCUCGUUCAGCUGCGGGGGAGCAGCAGCGUGAUCAUCAGAGAAACAUCCUAACAACAACACGGUCGGAGGCGUCCGUCUUUAUCGAAGCAGAGGGCCUCUGAUUAUUUAUACUUUAUUUUUUGAAGUGCUGUUUGAGUUCGCUACUCUAAUUCUGUUGGAUUCGUUUUCCUUAAAGUAUUGUUGCAGUUUCAUAAGCAUUCACGUUCAUCUAUUUGUUUGUUUGUGUUUUUGCUAAAAAUUAAUUGAAUUGAAAUUCCCAUGCAUCUUAACUGUGAAUAAAUGUAUUUAAACAUUUUUACCAGUUGCAUCUGUCUCUGUAGUGCAACACCUGCCACAUUUAUUGCAGCCAAAAAAAGAAAGCUUACUUGUUAAAUUCAGCGUAAGAUUACUUGCUGAUGCAAUAGAUCAUUCAUUUUAAGACUUCACACAUCUUUACAAGGUGCGACCUCAAAAUUAGGUACACCACAAACAUGGUGUUGUUUUCCUUUUGUUCGUGCAAAGUUAUCUGAUAACAAAAUUCAAGUAAAUGC